UAAAGGUGAGACACAGACAGUCAAUGCAGCAGCCACAGCAGCCCGCCACGUACAGCACACCUUCACGCACGCACGCACGCACGCAAUGUUGUGGAUAACUUCUUUGCUUCUCUUGCUUCCUCUUCAGGUAAUCUGUGGAACACUGCUGGGAGACCUGCAAGACGUGAGAGCGGCGUCAGCAAAACCAGCAGCACCGAAAAAAUGUGAAGUAGACUGCGCUGGUAUUACCGACGGUGUUAACGUGGAAAACCCCAAGGAUUGCCACCAAUAUUACAUAUGCAUAGGUGGCAGUGCUCUCGGGCCCUUAGACUGCCCUGAUGGUGAAUAUUUUGACGCCAGUACUGGUGACUGCGUGACAAAUGGUCCCGAGGAAUGCACGCCCACAUGUGGAGGAGCGGGUGGUACCUGCACGUAUGAGUGUGGUACUAACGCUGUUUACAAGGCAGACAGAUAUGAUUGCUCCACGUACUAUGACUGUGCUAGUGGCGCCGUGAUGCACUGUGGCCAGGAGACGCCCUUCUUUAACGGAGAGACGUGUCAGACUGAGGAGAAGUUCUGCUGCCACUGCAACCCUUACUGCUACACGGGCGACGAAAACAAGAAAGUCCUGGAUCCCACGGACUGUACUAAAUAUUACCUCUGCUUGGAAGCUAAUAAGGUACCUGAGUACUCUGGCAGCUGCUCCAGUGGAAACUUCGAUCCCUUUUUACAUGAGUGUUCCCUCACUGCCCCCUGCUUUACCUUCUGCACCAAUGUUGUCAAACCAGACGGCUGCAUCGACACGUUCACAUGCCAAGAGGUGGGCUACUUCCCAAGGUGCGUGGACAAGUGCACCCAAGAGUACUACCACUGCAGUGCUGGAGACAUCGGCUCAGUCGUGGCAGCAGACACUUGCCCUGGAGAAACUGUGUUUGAUCCCAACGAGAGUUCUUGUGUUAAGCUUUCACAGUGUUCCAUUAAAUAGUUCACUUGAUACUGAGGCACACACACACACACACACACACACACACACACACACACACACACACACACACACACACACACACACCAUGGUUUAAGAAGGCAUGAUUAGGGUGUGCAAACAUGUAUACAAAAAAUAAUAAAAUGAAUAAGCAAAGAGAAGAGAACAGCAACAGAAGAUGGAAUCAAGUUUCUCCAAUAUGUUUGACUGUUCGUGAUGCUUUCAUGGUGGAGGUGAUGGGCCCUAAAUAAACUCUAUAAACUUGC